CCGCCGGGUGGGGGGGCUUGCGCCUCCCGGCUGCGCCCUCCACCGCUCCCGCCCGCCCGCGGCGACCCGGCCACCCACGGGGGCUCCGCGCGGCGCCGACCCCAGGGCGCGGCGGCUCCCGCGCUGCCCGGGACAUGGCCGGCCGCCCGCAGUCCUACCUGAGCCCGCGCGGGGUGCUGGUCACCGACUUCCCGGUGCACGACGAGAGCCCCCCGGACCCGCCCGACCCGCCCGACCCGCCGGACCCCCCGAGCCCCCCGGACCCCGCGGAGCCCCCGAGCCCCCCGGCCCGCGCCCAGCGGCAGCUCAUCCCGCGCGCGCUGGCCGCCGAGCCCCGCCGCCGGCAGAAGGCGCGCUGCCCGCUGGACGCGCUGGACGCGCCGGCCGCUCCGGCCAGCCCCGGGCCCCCGCGCAGGGGCCUGCGCUCCACGUCCUACCGCCGCGCCGUGGGCAGCGGCCUGGAGCCCGCGCGCAACGCCAGGAAGAAGAGCCGCGCGUCGCCGCCCGCGCUGGCCGCCGUGGCCGAGGGCUGGGACAGGCUGGCAGGCCUGGGCAGGGUUCAGAAAAAAAUGCUGAAAGGACAAGGGACGCUUGCCGGGGAAGGAGACGCCGCCCGCCACCAGGGCCAGCAGGACGCGCCGGAGCUCGGCGAGCGGGAGGCGGGCGAGAGUGCCGGGGCCCAGCCCACGCCAGCGCCGGCCACCUGGAGCCAGCUGUCUGCCGUAAGAAGGAACGGACUCUCCCAGACCGAGAGCCAGGAGGAGAGGAAGAGGCAGGAGCCCUGUGCCACGCGUGGUGCCGCAGACGAAUGCCCUGGCAGACGCCCGCCCUCCCGACAGGCCAUCCUGGAGGUCAUCUCGUCCGAGCGCUCCUACCUGCUCAGCCUGCACACCCUCAUCCGGAUGUUCAAGGAGUCCCAGGAGCUGGGCCAGACCAUGACCAAGACUGAGAGGCAUCACCUGUUCUCCAACAUCACCGACGUGUGCGAGGCCAGCAAGAAGUUCUUCUCGGAGCUGGAGGCCCGGCACGGCGGCGGCCCUGGGGUGGACGACAUCAGCGACAUCGUGGAGAAGCACGCGGCGUCCGCCUUCGAGCCCUACGUGCGCUACUGCAGCAACGAGGUGUACCAGCAGCGCACGCUACAGCGGCUGCUGGACACCAACGCCGCGUUCAGGGCAGCGCUGUCCCGCAUCGAGGCCCACGAGGACUGCCGGAACCUGCCCAUCAUCUCCUUCCUCAUCCUGCCCAUGCAGAGGGUCACGCGGCUGCCGCUGCUCAUGGACACCAUCUGCCAGAAAACCCCCCGGGACUCCCCCAACUACGACGUGUGCAAGCGGGCCCUGAGGGAGGCCAGCAAGCUCGUCCGCCUCUGCAACGAGGGUGCCCGGAAGAUGGAACGCACGGAGCUGCUGUGCACCAUCAACUCCCAGCUGGAGUUCAGGGUCAAGCCCUUCCCGCUGGUGUCGGCGUCCCGCUGGCUGGUGAAGCGCGGGGAGCUGACGGCCUUCGCGGAGGACGCGGGGCUGUUCUCCAGGAGGCCCUGCCGGCACCACGUCUACUUCUUCCUCUUCAACGACGUGCUCCUCAUCGCCAAGAGGAAGAGUGACGAGAGCUACGUGGUCACCGACUACUCCCUGCGGGACCAGCUGCUGGUGGGCUGCUGCGAUGGCGAGGAGCCAGCCCUGUCCCCCGGCCGGGGCAGCCCCGCAGCGCUGCCCUCCAGACCGGGGGCCGCCGGCCGGCUCUUCACGCUCACGGCGCUGAGCAACCACGCAGGCGAGCGGGUGCGGCUGCUGCUGGGCGCCGACACGCAGAGUGAGCGUGCCCGCUGGAUCUGGGCCCUGGGGCAGAGCAGCAGGAAGCCACCCCCGGACCGGACCUCGCUGACCCAGGUGGAGAUCGUGCGCUCCUUCACGGCCAAGCAGCCCGACGAGCUGUCCCUGCAGGUGGCAGAUGUGGUCCUCGUCCACCAGCAAGUGGGCGACGGCUGGUACGAGGGGGAGCGGCUGCGAGACGCGGAGCGGGGCUGGUUCCCCAUGGAGUGCGCCCGGAAGAUCACCUGCCGGGCGACCAUCGACAAGAACGUGGAGCGGAUGGGGCGGCUGCUGGCGCUGGAGACCCACGUGUAGCCUCGCGCCAGCCUGCAGGACGGCAGCGCCUGCCGCCCGCUCAGCGUGGCCUGGGGUCCCUGAUGGCCACAGCACGGCUGCCGCACGGGGUCCCUCGGCGCAUCCUGUGACCCUGAGGCCAGGCGAGGCUGCGGGUCUGCGUGCCGCUGCCCAGGCCGCCCCCGGAGGCCCUCGGGGCUGCGUCCCCGUCCGCACACAGCCAGGAGGGGCCACCAGUGGCUCCCCACCUCGGGGCGUCUCCUGACGCACGGCCCUCGGGGCCUGCGGCAGCCGUGAGUGAGGCGCUGUGGCCACACGGCGGAGGAGGGCCGGGCAGCAGCCGCCUGGGUCACCACCAGCCCAGUUGGGACUGAAGCGCAGCCCUGGUCCUGCCCGUGAGUCUGCGUGGAGCUACACGCCCGCUGGGUCGACACGCCGGGACCCACUGAGGUGGGGCUGGAGCCCCGAGCACCCAGCCUGCCCAGCGUCACCUCCGGGCCCGACGGGGACCCGGGGUCACAGGAAGGGACUGCGUGCUGCCCAGACGCGCGUGCACUUUCGGCGGGAUACUUUAUAAAGUGUUUGUACAGA